AUGCCAUAUGGCUUAGCCUCGGCUCCAUAUUGGUGGGGUGAAUUUAUUCAGCGGAUUAUUGACGAGAUAUCUACAUCCACUUCUACCGUAAUACGCUACUACUAUGAUGACAUCAUUAUCGCUUCAAAAUCCGUAACUGACCAUCAUCAGAUUGUUUUAAAACUAUUUCAAGCACUUAAGAAGAACGGCUUAUCAAUUAGCGAAGAGAAACUUCAAUUAGCUUCUGAUAAAGUCACAUUCCUUGGUUAUGAAAUUUCUGCUGAUCGUAUUGCUAUAGAACCAUCCAAAAUUGAAGCGAUUCGUAAAUGGGAACUUCCUACGACAAAAGAAAGCAUUCUAAAGCUCGUUGGUUUCAUUAAUUAUUUACGGAACUUUAUACCUGAAGCUUCGGAACAUCUACGUCCAUUCUACGCUAUGAUCGAUCCAAAAAUACAUACUACACUACCUCAUGUGAAAGAAAUCACUCACACGUCAACACCUCCACUUAACCAUCUGAAGGAAUGGAUCGCUAGAUCUCUUACUUUAAAACUAUUUGACCCUACUGCUCCAACUGUGAUAUUUUCCGAUGCCAGCUUAACAGGUGGUGCAUCCAUAAUUUUUCAACCAGAAAUUCAUAAUAAUAAACAGACACCUAUUUCCAAUUACAUUACUCUCGGUUAG